UUUUUACAGUUAGGGGAUAUGAUUAGCUACUUUAACACUUGGCUUGUGUAGCUAGUAAUUCAAUGCGUAUACUUUCUGUUAGUCAAUUGUUUUUUCUUCAUAAUUAGCUGAUGAGAUACCUCAAGCCGAGCAAGCUGGCUUGAUCCCUGCUGAAGACUUUGGAAAUGCGGAAUCUGCUGAUAAUCUGGAUGCAGCAGUGGCUGCACCUGAAGCUUCACCUGUGCCAGCUGCUCCAGCUGCUGAUGAAUACAAUGAUAACGACGAUGACGACGAUAGCAACAGCUUUUCGCCUUUUGGGUUUGCAGGAAAAAAAGGCGAUGCCUCGUACAACGUCUUCUUCCCCAUCCACUUCAGUAGCAGCAGAGCUCGUAGCUUCGAUGGUUUCAGCUCCUACCAUGCUGUAGCUAACUCUCUAGCCACUGGUAGAAAGGGCGUUGCCACUAGCCAUGCGACAUCGCUUCCAUCAGCAGCUGCAUUCCAGCAGAAACCUGCUGAAGCCUAACCGCUCACCAGAUAGCCGUAUUGCUGUUAUGGAGACGUUUAUGUAAUUUAUUAAAGAUUCCGAUGUUGAUAAUUUAGAUGGAACUAAUAAAGUUUGUUGUGG